ACCUUUCAGAUUUACUGAGCAAAUUUGACGGCAAACUAUGAGUUACAUCUAUAGAUUAUUCAUUUUGAGCCUCGCGCUUCACACUUCGCUAAUAAGCGACAAAAUGACGGAAGCAUCGUCAGUUGCGAAAAACGGAACCACUGCGAAGGAACAUGACAGUGAAAUCUUCAGUCGCCAUUCUUUCCCUCGCCGAACGAGAACUCAUCAGCGUCACAACCAUCACUCUUCGCGAAAAAAGAGAGAAAAAACUACGGAGACCACAUCGGUCCUUAAAAACGGCAGCACUUCGGGAACUUCAACGCGAAAUUCUGAAUCUCCUUGGUUUGCCCCGUCGGCCGCAGCUAAGCCUAAAUACUCGUCUACAUGGUCGAAAAAUGUCUGCUCCAAGGUAUAUGAUUGACCUAUACCACAGCUUAGAAAGCAACGUGAGCUUGUCGACCGACGGUUUGUUCUGCUGCAAUGACUCUGUGACAGAUUCCCGAGCGUUGGGUGCUGACACAAUUAUGAGCUAUCUUAACCACGUCAGGGGAGCGCGGCCAAAAAUUUCCAAGAGGCAUUCUACAUUUCGUUUCAAAAUGGAAACUCCACAGGGAGAAAAGAUCACAGCAGCAGAGUUUCGGAUUUAUAAAGAACCGAUUUCCAAUGGACACAGAGUUGUCUCCUGGGAGAAUUCGACCUACGAAGUGAAAAUUUAUCAGGUUAUUGAGCCUGCAAGAAUUCUCAAGGAACUGGGCAAGCGGGUUCUUCGAAGCUGGGAAUCUGGAUGGCAGGCUUUUGACAUCACACGAGCAGGACAGGAGUGGGCUCAAGAAAUCAACAAGAACUAUGGAAUCGAACUCUCUGUACACACGUACGCAGGGGUGGAACUAAACGCCUCAAGCGUUGGCUUUGUGGGCUUCCAUGGCCCACAGGAGAAGCGUCCGUUUUUGGUAUCAUUCUACCGUCAAGAUGGCGAACAGAAACUGACCUAUCAUCGUAUUUUCAAUCCGCAUCCACGCCGGCGCCGCUCAGCCCGCUCCCUUGGACCGCAGUUCACAAACGUAGGAGGGAACUUCAAGACCUCGAGUCAAACAAGCUGCAGCCGGAGGAUGCUGUACGUCAGUUUCCAGCGGCUUGGUUGGCAAGACUGGAUUAUUGCGCCCGAGGGUUACUCGGCGUUUUUCUGUUACGGUGAAUGCUCGUUUCCUUUAAGCGCUCAUAUGAACGCCACCAAUCAUGCCAUUGUUCAAACGCUGGUACAUCUCAUGAAUCCUACAGUUGUACCUCAGCCCUGUUGUUCUCCCACCAAACUCUCCGCCAUCUCGGUCCUGUACUUUGAUGACAGUAAUAACGUAGUACUUAAAAAGUACACGAACAUGGUCGUGAAAGCUUGCGGUUGCCACUAGCAACGCCAACACGAAUUCUUUAAUCUCACGUUAGCUUGUGCUCUAUGUAACCGUCUCUCAACGUUUUUGCAUGUUUUGACACAGGAAGCGGAGAGCGGGCAAUUGAAGAAAGCUAAAUUUCCAAUUGACACGCGUUUGAGCAAACACAUUGGGAUACCAUAGCCCUUUACAUGACUCUUCUCGCAAAUACAUAUCACUAAUAUAUUGUGGAUGGCCGACG